AUGGCCAGCGUGUUUAUGAGGAUAUUCAACCUUAUUUGUAUGAUGUUGCUGAUUGGCCAUUGGUCGGGUUGUCUGCAAUUUUUAGUACCAAUGCUGCAAGGAUUCCCUGCAAAUUCAUGGGUGGCAAUCAACGAACUACAAGAAGCCUUUUGGUUGGAGCAAUAUUCCUGGGCUCUAUUUAAGGCCAUGUCCCACAUGCUGUGUAUAGGUUACGGAAGGUUUCCACCCCAAUCCCUUACCGAUAUGUGGCUGACAAUGUUGUCUAUGAUUUCGGGGGCAACUUGUUAUGCUCUAUUUUUAGGUCACGCGACGAAUUUGAUUCAGAGUUUGGACUCUUCCAGAAGACAAUACCGAGAGAAGGUGAAGCAAGUGGAAGAAUACAUGGCGUACCGAAAGCUGCCGCGCGAAAUGAGACAACGCAUCACCGAGUACUUCGAACACCGGUAUCAGGGCAAGUUCUUUGACGAAGAAUGCAUUUUGGGCGAGCUGAGCGAAAAGCUGCGCGAGGACGUCAUUAACUACAACUGCAGAUCACUAGUCGCAUCGGUGCCCUUCUUCGCUAAUGCUGACAGCAAUUUCGUCUCCGACGUGGUGACCAAGUUAAAAUAUGAAGUCUUCCAACCAGGUGAUAUAAUAAUAAAAGAAGGAACCAUCGGCUCCAAGAUGUACUUCAUUCAAGAAGGAAUAGUGGACAUAGUAAUGGCGAAUGGUGAAGUGGCGACCAGCCUGAGCGACGGUUCCUAUUUCGGCGAGAUAUGUCUGCUGACAAACGCUCGUCGUGUCGCCUCUGUCCGCGCAGAGACCUACUGCAACCUGUUUAGCUUAUCCGUGGAUCACUUCAACGCCGUCUUAGACCAGUAUCCGCUGAUGCGCCGCACGAUGGAAUCGGUGGCCGCGGAGAGGUUAAACAAAAUAGGCAAGAAUCCCAACUUACUGGCGCAUAGGGAAGAAGAUUUGGGAUCUGAGAGCAAAACGAUCAACGCAGUGGUGAACGCGCUCGCCGCUGAGGCCGAUCACGUCAACAUGAGCGACGAAUCAGUAGCGCGACUUCACUCGAGCGACAGGAGUUUGCAGGAACUGGGCCGCACGCUGCAGAAGCUGACACUGCCGCGGCCCAAGUCCGAGAACAACUUCGCGUCGCAGGACAUGCCGCUAACGAGAGGCAGCGCAGGGGGCGGCGAGAACGGCCGACCCUCCUUCCACAAAUCCGACACCUUUCACAAGGAGUCCACGUUUCAAUGA